CUCGAGUGCAGGGUUGGCUCAAUCCGUCCAGGCUCGGGGAGGCGUCAGGCUUGCGAUUCUCGAGCGCUGACGCCGUUGGCGAAAACAGCCUCCGUGCGGGCCCAUGCCGCGGCGAAGGUUGCCCAUGGCCGCCGCCGGCUGCGGCGGGGCCGGAGUUGUCCUGUGCUGGCGCGGCGGGUGCCCCCACGCAUCGUUCGUGGGCCCCCCAGCGCUGCGCGGGCGCGCGCUCGGCGCCGCGCCUCUCGCGACAGACGAGGAGCCGGGCGCCGCGGCGGCACCCCCGGCGGCGGCGCUGGCGGACGGCCUCGCCGCGGCGCCGCUGCUGGGCGGGGCGGCGCUGUGCCUCGGCGCGGUGGCCGCGAGGGGCGCCCGGCGGGCGCGGUCCGCCGCAGGGCCGAGGGUCGGGCGGCGCUUCUUCAGUGACCCCAUGGAUCGAGGCGAUGGAGAGCCUGAACCCGUUCCGGGAGGACCCAGCCGAGAGCACCCGGAAGAGGUACCAGCCGAAGGUCGACGAGAUCAACGCGCUCGGCCCAUCCCUGAGGGAGAAGAGUGACGAUGAGCUGCGAGAGCUGGCGCUGGAGCUGCGCAGCAGGGCGCAGGGGGGCGAGUCCCUCGAGAGCCUGCUGGCAACAUCUUUCGCGCUGGUGCGUGAGGCUUCCGACCGUGUACUCGGACUGAGGCAUUUCGACGUUCAGCUCAUAGGUGGGAUGGCGCUGCAUGAGGGCAACAUCGCCGAGAUGGGCACGGGCGAGGGUAAAACCCUCGUAGCCAUCCUCCCCGCUUUCCUGAACGCGCUGAGCGGAAAGGGCGUGCACGUGGUCACCGUGAACGAUUACCUCGCGCGCCGCGACGCCGAGUGGGUUGGGCAGCCGCUGCGCUUCCUGGGGCUGGCCGUGGGCGUUGUGCAGGGCCAGAUGGCCAGCGAUGCGAAGCAGAGGGCCUACCGCAGCGACGUGACCUACGUGACCAACAGUGAGCUUGGCUUCGACUACCUGCGAGAUCAGAUGUGCCCUGGCCCGACAGAUCUCGCUCUGCGCGCGGAGCACCCGUUCCAUUUCUGCAUCGUGGACGAGGUUGACUCCAUCCUCAUCGACGAGGCCCGGACCCCGCUGAUCAUCUCUGGGACGGCGCAGGACGCGCCAGGCAAGUACCAGGUCGCCCGGGAGGUGGCCAAGAGCCUCAGGAAGGCGGUGCACUACACCGUUGACGAAAAGCAGAGGCAGUGCGUGCUGGUGGAGGAGGGCGUGGCGGCGGCGGAGCAACUCCUCAACAAGAGCGAUCUCUUUGACCCUGAUGACCCCUGGUUCCCCUUCAUCGUCAAUGCGCUCAACGCGAAAGAGCUGUACAUCAGAGACAAACAGUACAUCGUGAAAGACGGCGAGGUAAACAUCGUUGACGAGUUCACUGGCCGCGUGAUGGAGGGAAGAAGAUGGAGCAACGGGCUCCACCAGGCUGUCGAGGCCAAGGAAGAGGUAGAUAUCCAGGCCGAGUCGGUGACCCUGGCGUCGAUCUCGUACCAGAGCCUUUUCCGCCUCUUUGGCAAACUCGGCGGGAUGACGGGCACGGCUUUCACUGAAAAAAAGGAGUUCAAAGAGAUUUACAAGAUCGAGGUUGUGGUCAUCCCUUCGAACAGACAGCGCAUACGGGAGGACAAAGACGACCAGGUGUACGUAGACGAUAUUGGCAAGUGGAAGGCGGUGGCAAGGGAAGUGGAACGCGCCCACCGCAUCGGCCGCCCAGUGCUCAUCGGCACGACCAACGUGGAGAACUCGGAGAUCCUCGCGGAGCUGCUGGACGCCUCGGAGGUGCCCUACAGGCUCCUGAACGCCAAGCCGGAGAAUGUCGCCCGCGAGACCGAGAUCAUCGCAAGCAGCGGGCGCAAGUACGCGGUCACGAUCUCCACGAACAUGGCUGGCCGCGGCACCGACAUCCUGCUCGGCGGCAACAGCUCGAUGAUGGCGCGCCUGAAGCUGCGCGAGGAGCUCUUCCCGAGAUUGUUCAAGGCCAAGAGGCAGGCAUGGGUCAUGCCGGAGGAGUUCUUCCCGGUCGACCUCUCCAAAUCUGUCUCCGACAAGGUGCGGGACGCUGUGCGAGCCGCCGUGGCCGAGUGGGCCCCAGACUCCGCGGAGGAGCUGGCGCCCACGUCCACGGACGCCGCGGCCAAGAUCCUUGAGGGCAACCUUACCGAGCUCGAGGCGGACGAGCGUCUGUCGCUCGCAUGCGAGAAGGCCCCCACCGAAGACGAGGCCAUCCUGCGUCUCCGCGAGGCCUACAAUCUGAUGGCCGCGGAGUACAGGGAGGUGACUGACGUCGAGAAGCGGGAAGUGAUCGCGUUGGGCGGCCUCUACGUCCUCGGCACCGAGCGCCACGAGUCGCGGCGCAUCGACAACCAGCUGAGGGGCCGGUGUUCUCGGCAGGGAGACCCCGGCGCCACGCGCUUCUUCCUCAGCCUCAACGACCAGAUCUUCCGCAUAUUCGGAGGGGACCAGAUCAAGAAAAUGGUCUCGGCUAUGUCCUUUUCUGGCUCGGACGACACGCCCCUGGAGUCUGGGCUGCUCUCCAGCUCUCUCGAGGAGGCCCAGAAGAAGGUGGAAAACUAUUUUUACAGCGUGCGCAAGGGGGUCUUCGACUACGACGACGUCAUGGACACGCAGAGGAAGAUUGUGUACAGCCUGCGCAGGCGCGCACUGCUAGAGGACGACGCCAGCAUCCGGUCCACUCUGGAGGAGUUCUCUGACAAAAACAUGAACGACUUCGUCGAGGGGCACGUCGACGUCAAGAAGCCCGUGGAAGAUUGGAACCUGGACAAGCUGGCAGAGAACGUGGGGAUCUACUGGACUACCAUGCGGGAGACGGUGACGCCCGAGGCCCUGAGGGCUGCCGCGGCUCUGGGCGGCGACGAUGGCGUCCGGGCGGUGACGGCUUACCUGCAGCGGAGUGCCAGGGACGCCUUCUCGCAGAAGUGCACGAGCAUCGAGCAGAGUGGUCCUGGGCUGACCGGCAUGGUGACGCGCAGGAUCUUGUUGAUGCAGCUAGACAACUUCUGGCAGCAGCACCUGAAGAACAUGGACUUCCUCAAGAGCAGCGUGACGCUGCGGUCCUAUGGCCAGAAAAACCCACUGACGGAGUACAAACUUGAGGGCUAUCAGAUGUUUUUGAAGAUGAUGUCCAGGAUAAGACGCAACUCUGUGUACAACGUUGGUUUGUUCACUCCGCGCAAGCUUACGAAGAUGUCCGAGGAACGCGUGUCCAGCCUCAUCCCAAAUGCUGAGCAGCGCCAGCAACAGAUGUCGGAGAUGCUGUCGGGCCCCCAUGGCGAGAAGAUAAAGGAGCUCAUGGGGAUGGGAGACGACCAGGACCCGACGGUACGCACCAUCAACCUGGCAAGACUGGCGCUGAACGUUCGGCAGCUGCUGGACGCGCGGGAGAGCCUGGGGGAGCUGGCCAUGGCCAGCUUCAGUGAGCUGAGAGACGGCAUGCAGCGUGCUGGCCUCCUCACAGUGGGUGACCAGCUCAGAUGGGCCGCUACCUGCAACGAGUUCGAGCUAUUCGAGGACGAGAUGGCAGGCGAGGUCUACCUGGCCCUCCGGAAGAGCGAGGAGAUCGCCCCGGACUCGUCCCUGAGCCCCGAGGAGAGGCAGGAGGCCAGGCGUAACUUCAUGGUGGCCAUGGAGGACCCCGAGUUCCUGCGGACCGUCGGGCAGUUCUCCACCUCCCCAGACGCCUUCCUGGCCCAGAUGAAGGAGGUCGCGGGGGAGCAGGGCUGGACCGCGGAGGACGUCAAGCGCCUGCGCGAGAUGUACGCCGCGGCCGGCGUGAACAUCGACGAGGUGAUGGCCCAGAUGAGCGAGUCGUCCGAGGCCAUGCCCCCGGAGCAGAGGGAGGUCGUGGAGUACAUGCGGGUGCUGCUCUCGGGCGACGGCGCGGGUGCGUCCAGCACGGAGAGAGAGGACGCGGGGACGGUGCGGGUCUGACUCGUGAUUGGCGUGCGACCCGCCUCGCGGCGGCGCGCAGAGUGGGGUGGCUGCCCGCCUUCGCCCCCGCCCUCUUUCACGCGUUGAGCGAGCCUCGGCCUCGACUCUGCAGCUCGCCGCUCCGCCAGGGAAUGUUCCCCGCGCCCGCGGCCACACCGACGCGAUCGCCCACCGACUGCAAGCGCCAGACCUCCGACGAUCGUGACCCCGUGCGUUCGCACGGGGGGCCCGCGCGGCGCAGGCUGUGGUUUUUGAGUGCCCCUUCGGGCCCCGAAGCUGGCCCCGAGAGCGGAGGCACGAACCGAUGCCGAUGCCGCUGCUCCCUGGUCCUUCCUCUCCCGGGGCGCCUUCUGGCCAGGACUCUCCGGUCGCCCCCCUUGGGGCCGCGAAGGUGACCGCGCCUUGCAGGUCGCGGCCCGGGCCCGAGGGCUGCCCUUCUCCAGGGGGGCGGCGCAGGGGCGCGAAGCUGGGUGGCCUGGCAUCCCGAGGCGGAGCGGGCCUUGGCCACGGGGGCUUCGGGGAGAGCACGCGAGCGGCGGGCGCGAGGGCGGGGCAUCGGCAUCGGCGUGAAGCGCGUGCCGCUCCUCUCGGGGAGGCCCCCGAGCUCGGGGACCGGCAGGCCGCGCCCCGGCCGCCUCGGCAGGGCCAGGCGGCCGCCACGUCAGAAAGCGUCACCGCCGGGCGCUCCCCUGUGCGGCCUCUGCCGCCCGCGGGGGCCCUUCGACGGAGGAGCAGUCGACGGCGAGUUGGAGGAGGAGG